AUGGUUGGCUCAUUCCCUCCUUCGUCACCGGUAGCAGCGUCAGGCUCUGCUUUCGGGCAACAUUUGCAUCGCGAAAGCUCGACUGAUGAUAUAUCCAUCGAACCUCUUAACAACAAUUAUAUGACCAAGUUUAGUGUUAACAAGCCUGCACUGUAUAAAGUGCAAUCCACCUGCGACGAUCGCUCUCAAUACGGAUUGAAAGGCAGUAAGAUCCAAUUUCCAACACCACAGGCUUCUUCGAGUACUGGUAGGUCAUCUUCACCAAUAAGGGCUGGUGCCGUUGAGUCGCGUCCAUCUUCGUCACCCUCAUUUUCACCAGCAUUGUCACCGUCGUCACCACAUGUUAUUUCACAAGAAAUUAGUUCCACAGUGGGUACCGAUUGGAUUAAUAUUGAGCUAGAUUCCCGCAACUGUUCACGUUUGGCUAUUGGCAGGAAGAAAUCGGUUUGUGACAUUGUUUUACCAAGCAAAAAGAAUAUUUCAAGACAGCAUGCUUUCAUAACCUACUUCCCAGUUGAAAAUCUGCUUAAAUUAGAGUGCAAUGGAACAAAUGGGUUAGUCAUUGAACUACCCUGUGGAAUCAAUUGCAAACUUAUGAAAAAAGAUUCCACAAAAGGAUCUUAUCAACUAAGUGCAGCGGAUGCUGGCAACGAGGAAUCUUUUGCUCAGAACGGAAAUCUAGAAAAAAGAAGGAAUGCCUUGUCUUUUGUACUUUUAAAAGGCGAAAAGGUUGUCAUGCCAUUUAUAGCAGGUACAUUAAUUGACUUUAGGCAAGCAGAGGCCAUAUUGACUCUUAAACAAGAUGAUUGUCCUGUAGAUGCUGAUGAUAACUCGACUGAAACUGAAGAUGAAAGGGAGGCGCUGUUCACCAAAAGUGAUGAUUUUCAUGAAGGUUCGAACACUCCAGAAAGAUUUAUUACAGUUGCUACAUCUCCAUCAACUCUGAAAUUAUCUGAAGAAAUGAUUCCCAAAAACCCUCCAAGCUCACCAUCGUAUAAUGCGGCAUCAAACACCACACCAAUUACCUCCAAUCCGCCACAAUUGUUUACAAAGUUCCAAGCAACUCCACUGAAGCUCUUUGAUAUUCAAACACCUGCAACUCCCAAAAAAAUCAAGCAGUUGAAUACCAGAAUCAAUGAAAGCUAUGAAGCACAAGAUACCCCAAUAUCAAAAAAUCGAAAAGUCGAAUCGCUUUCGAAACCACUAUUGCUGCACAGGCCUAGGAAUGAUCUAUCAGUAGAGAAGCCAGAUGAGCAGAAACGUAAGCAGCGUAAAAAAAUUACAAACAAAGAUGCCAAGACAAAAGAUCCUUUUGAAGCGUUAGAGGAGCGUGGUAUAGACUGCAGUGAACUUCAAAAUGUCCUAGCGAACCAUCUGGCAUUUGCUAAUGUGCAGCAAACACCACUUUUCCAAUUACUACAAGUAAAUUCAAAAACUUCGACAACAUCGAGACAAGAAUUACGUGCGCUGUUAGCGAGGGAGCCUUGCAUCGGCGUUAUUUAUCGUGAAGGUAAAGAUGCAGCAGGAAAGCCGCUCGAUGAAGAAUAUUUUUACGAUGUGGAAAAUGAUUCUAAUGAGGAAAGAAGAAACCUAGUCACUUCCCUCAAAGGUGGAAGAUCAGGGUUAAGAUCUUGCAGAAGAACACACAAGCAGUAUUUCUGGAAAAAACCAGCAAAGUGA